GCAAAAAAAAACUUGAAUGUUUGUGACGGGGAAAAUGAGCAACACCGCCUGAAAGUAAACUAAAUUUAGUCUGCUUCUCUUUUUGCCUAACCGCUGCCUGUUUAGUUAGUGCUGCUGUUUUAAUGUAACAUUUAAUUUAAAGGAAGAGGAUUGGAGCUGCAGAAAAAAACCCAUCCAAGUAAUGUUGACAGGAGUCGCACCAUCGACCUUCCCGUUUGCUUUUAUUCUACACCGCUGAACUUUUUCCGAUCACUUCUGCUGCAUUUAAUGUUCAUCAAACAUCUGAGCUGUAUUUUCGGAGGAGGAGAUUUUUAACCGGACGUGGAAAAGGACUUUAUUUGCUGUUUUCAAAUGAACAAGGACGCUGAGAAAUAGCUGAAUCCUCUGACAGGCUUCAGAUUAUUUAGUUUUUACCUGCAAACAGGUGAGCUACUUUAAUGUGUGCGAGUGUUUGCCAGCUCUGAUGGUAGCAGCGAGAACGCGUCACCUGUGAGAGGAUCCAAGCGCCUCACCAUGACAGAGGUCCAGAGUCCGUGGCCACAGGGCACAGAGUGUGUGGCAAGGUACAACUUCAAAGGCACGUCGGAGCAGGAUCUGCCCUUUAACAAAGGAGACGUUUUGACUAUCAUCAUUGUCACAAAAGAUCCCAACUGGUACCAUGCUAAAAACGCUGCUGGCCAAGAGGGAACAAUCCCGGCUAACUAUGUGCAGAAAAGAGAAGGUGUGAAAUCUGGAGGCAAACUGAGUUUAAUGCCACAUAAAGCGUCUGCCUGUUACUUUAAACUGUCUACAUCUGACCUUCUCCAGCACUACACCAAAGAUGCAGACGGCCUGUGCACCAAGCUGAUUAAACCAAAGCUAGAGGAGGGAACUGUGGCUGCUCAGGACGAGUUCUCCAGGAGCGGAUGGUCUAUGAGCAGAAAAGACUUGAAGCUUCAUCAGGUUAUUGGUAAAGGAGAAUUUGGAGAUGUCAUGGUGGGAGACUACCGAGGGACGAAAGUAGCUGUGAAGUGCAUAAAAAACGAUGCUACAGCUCAGGCCUUUAUUGCAGAAGCCUCUGUUAUGACGCAACUACGGCACAAUAAUCUGGUCCAGCUGCUUGGUGUGAUCGUAGAGGAGAAUGGAAGUCUUUUUAUAGUUACGGAGUAUAUGGCAAAGGGCUGUUUAGUUGACUACCUACGGUCCAGAGGGCGUACGGUACUUGGUGGAGAGGCACUCGUUAACUUUUCUUUAGACGUCUGUGAAGCCAUGGCUUAUCUGGAGGCCAACAACUUUGUUCAUCGAGAUCUAGCAGCGAGAAACGUACUUGUGUCGGACGACAACAUCGCCAAAGUCAGUGACUUUGGUUUGACCAAAGAGGCUUCCUCUACUCAAGAUACUGCUAAGCUUCCUGUUAAAUGGACGGCGCCAGAAGCCCUCAGAGAAAAGAAAUUUUCCACCAAAUCGGACGUUUGGAGCUACGGUAUUUUACUAUGGGAGAUUUACUCCUUUGGCCGAGUCCCCUAUCCAAGAAUUCCGUUAAAAGAUGUUGUGCCUCGCGUGGAGAAGGGCUACAAAAUGGACUGUCCGGACGGCUGUCCUGAAGUGGUUUAUAACAUCAUGAAACAAUGCUGGAACCUGGAUCCUGCAGCGCGACCAAGCUUUCAGAUGCUGAGGGAGUGGUUACAACAUAUUAGCCACAAAAAAUGAUCAUCUGCGUUCCGUUUCGUCUCUUCAGAGCAAGGACUGCCAAUUUUGCUCAUCGUCAAAGCUUUUUUUUUUUGUUUUGUUUUUUUCCAAACAUUUGCUUCUGAUCGCCGUGCUUCAUAUCAGAUUGUUUGACUUUCUCCAGCUUUCAAAGGCUGAACGGUUUCUGUCGUCUUUCCAAACUUCCUCUGGAGUCAAUAAUUCAUUUUAAUAACAUCAAGUCCUUUCUUAGAACGGGACCAAAGUGCAGUAACAUUUUAUAUCCCUCAUCAUAUUGGUGCCAUCCUUUAAGUGUUUCAACUUGUCAACAGAGACAAAGAGGAAAUGCACUCUUAGUAGGAUUUUGUUUAUCGUUACUGGAUGUAUUAUAAUUGAUAUUAUUAUUUUCUAAGUCUCCAGGUACAUGCCAUUUUUUUCUGUGUUGAAUUGUUUUGUUAAAGGAGCCAAACUAAAAUGGGAGUUAUAAGCAGCUUUAUUUGUCAUUAUCUCAUAAUGUUGAACACAUAAAACCUAUUAGUUCAUCUUUCCGUGAAAAUUAGAAGCUCUUAAAGACGUUUCUGUGCCAAGGUGAAGACUUCAGCUCAGAAUGUUGAAUCGGACAGAAAAAAGAAAAUUAUUCCAUUCAUCUUUUAGGGAUUCAGACUCCUUGGAAUAACAUUGGUAAUAAAUGUAAUGUGCCGCCAUUUUCGACAUUAAAAAUAUAGUUUUAAAAUGUGGACUUUGGGAUUGUAUUCAAUAAACAACUUUGAAUGUAUUUUUUUUUUUUUCCUGAUUUAAACGAUGUACAAUGUGACU